GAUGAAAAGGAAUCAAUUGAUACGGAAAAGCCAACUCAAAUGGGUACAUCCGAAAAACAUGUUGGUGGAUAUAAGCUGAUCGCAUCGGAUCAAGACGAAAAACCGGCGGAACUCGAUAUUGUUGAACAUCUGACGGAAAAGGAAAACGUUCAAUUGAUGGCAGAAAAUGAGAAACUGUAUUCGAAAUUAGCGCAAGUUGAUAGCGAUGUUCUGCGAAUCGAAAAGCAGAUGAAUCAAAUUCAUCGAUUGCAAGAGACUUUCGCUGAAAAAGUAUUAGAUCAAGAACGCGAUAUUGAAUUCGUGAACGAAGCAGCCGUUCAUACGGUCGAGAAUAUACGNUGGUUGAAGAAGUACUUGUUUAUUUAUGUGUUCAUUUAUCUGCAGUGUUCAAAUCUUUUGUUUCGUUUCGUUUCAAAUAUUUAUUCGUUUUAA